ACCGCCGGAAUGUUCCAAGCCGAGGGUCCCAUCGUCCAAGACGGCGAUGGGCUUGAUGAGGCGAUGGAGCUCAUCGUCGAUGAUGCAAGGGAGUGUCAUGAGCCGCGAUGCUUUGGCACAUUCUCAACACAAGGGCUCACAAAACUGCAACAGAACUUUCGCGAUGAUGUAUCGGAUAUGGGGGAUAGUUUAGCACCCUCCACCAAAAGCCUCACGAGAUCAAUAUUCGAACAUCGGGUGGAGAAUGGAAGAACAUAUCACAAGUAUAAGGACGGAAAGUACCUGCUGCCGAACGACGACGACGAACUUGAUCGACUGGACCUGCAACACCACCUCUUCAAGCUUACGUUUAAUGGCCGGUUGGGCAACGCCCCGCCCAUCGACAAAGAUGCUAUAGUAAGAAGGGUCUUGGACCUGGGGACGGGCUCGGGCGUAUGGGCCAUCGAAUACGGCGACGAGCAUCCCGGCGCUGAGGUUAUCGGGGUCGAUCUUGCGCCCACACAGCCGAAUCUCACGCCCCCGAAUGUGAGAUUCGUGAUUGACGACGUCGAGGAGUCGUGGACCUACUCCAAGCCAUUCGACUACAUCCACAGCCGAAUGAUGAACUCCAAUAUCGGCGACUGGAACGCCUAUAUCAAGCAGUGCUUCGAGUAUGUCAAUGAAACUUGAGACUACACAGUAGCGGCUGCGUUUCGGUGUGUUGAGAGCUUCGCUCACGUAUUCAAUUUGCAAUAGCAACCUAACACCGGGGG